AUGGCCCAUCCCUCAGAAGCAGCCCCACUGCUUGGCAACGGCAACGCCAACGGGCGUCAUCUCGCCCGGAACGGAGCCGAGCCGGCCGUCGAGCGGGCCCCACUCAACUCACCUAUGCUCCGGCCCGACGCCCUGAGACGGCCCUCGCAGAGAUAUCUCUCGUACCAGCAUGACUCUCAUCACCACUCCGAGGAGCACAACAGCAGCAAUGGCGACAUGAUCCGCGACAUGACCAUCGGCUUUGCAGACGGUCUCACUGUGCCUUUUGCCCUGACAGCCGGCCUGUCCUCGCUGGGCAGCACAAAGCUGGUCGUGAUCGGCGGGUUGGCUGAGCUGUUCUCAGGCAUGAUCAGCAUGGGCCUGGGGGCCUACCUGGCCGCGGCGACGGAGCGGCAGCACUGGGAGGCCGAGUACGAGCGCGAGCGGUGGGAGGUCGACAACUGCCCGGAGCGCGAGCGCGAGGAGAUCUACGAGGUGCUCGACAAGUACGGCAUCUCGCGUGAUGCGGCCCGGGGAGUUGUCGACGAGCUGUGCGUCGCCACGCCAAAGGGCAAGGAACGCUGGGUCAAUUUCAUGAUGGACUUUGAAUUGCAAUUGCCCGAGCCAGACACCAGCGCCGCCUGGGUCUCGGCUGUCACCAUGGGCUUAAGCUACUUCGUCGGCGGGUUGAUUCCCAUGAUCCCUUACUUCGUCAUGAACUCGGCUCAGCAGGCGCUGCUGGUCAGCAUUGCUAUUACGGUUGUCAUCCUGCUGGUGUUUGGCUAUGUCAAGACCUGGGUCACCAUCCACAACAAGAGGGCCGGGGUUUGGGGCGCUCUACACACUCUGCUGAUCGGUGCCUUGGCCGCGGACGCUCUGCCGAUUGGCUUCAACCACCCUCUCGAGUUUGCAAAUGAAGGCGUGCACACAGACGGUCAGAACCUCCAAAUCUCCGAGCUCUUGAAGGUGCAAUACCUGGCCAUCACACUGUACGCUGUCACCAUCAAGACUUACACGAAGCGGCAGUCAGCAUCGCCGAAACUUCUGCAACUUUCCCCCAAGAACCCAAAAUACACGCUGGCUCCCUUCCAGUACUUCCUUUUCUCCUCAGCAGACAAUCCCGAAGUCAAGAUGGUCCGCGUCGCCAACACCAUCCUCCGCCACCGUCCUGGUGCCAGCACCAAGGACACCGAAGAUGCGCCAGUCAAGGGUGCCGACGUCAAGGUCACCGCUGCUCCUGUCCCUACCCCAGCAGAGCCCGAUACCACACAGGAGGCCACCACCGAAGCCGCCGCUGAGGUUGCUGCCGAAUCCACGGCCGAUGCGCCCGUCGAGGAUGCUUCACCCGCUGAGCUCGAGACGGCCCUGGCCAGAACCAAGCGUGCCGCCCGCCGCGGCUCAGCCGACAAGGCCGGCAAGAAGGAGACUCGCAAGGCCGAGCGGGUAGAGAAGAAGGAGGUCCGCCAGGAGAAGCGCGACACCAAGAAGGUUGCCAAGAAGGAGGCGCGCAAGGAGGCCAACGACGCCAAGAAGGAGGCCCGCGCUGCCGCUGCCGCAGAGAAGAAGGAGAAGGCCGCUGCCGCUGCUGCCGCCGCCGCCGAGAACCCUGAGAGCGCUGGGUACUUCGCCAGGCUCUUGAGCUGGGGCAGGGGCACCCCCAAGAAUGAGGGUGAAGAGAGUGCCGAGGAUGCUGAGAGCUCCGAUGACGACGAGGAGACCAGGGUCGAGGAUGCCACUGAGGCCCAGGCCCAGGAGCCCUCUGUUGAGCCUGCCGAUGAGCUGUAUGAAGUCAACGACAUCCCCAUCAGGAUGACCGUUGCCCAGCCUCAGCCCAUUGCUGCUUGCUGA